AUGGGCGACUCCAAGAGUGUAGAAGUUAGCGGCAGCGUGAUGGACGGGGUGGCCGAGAAAGGGGGCGUUCUGGAGUCACCCGCGAAGAAGGCGCCCACGGAGUACAUAGUGUACCCGAUCAGGUGGCUGGUCCUCUUCAUCUUCGUGUUCUAUUCGGCGUCGAACGCGAUGCAGUGGAUCCAGUACAGCAUCAUACAGGACGCCGUUGUGAAUUGGCUUCUAGACAAGACCGGUCUCCGUGUCACAACCAUAAUCGGCUCCUUCGGUACAUGUGUCGGCGCCUGGCUCAAGGUGUUCUCGGUGUCCCCUGACAUGUUCUGGCUGGGCUUCGCCGGACAGACUGUGGUCGCUGUGUCCCAGGUGUUCAUCCUGAACGUGCCUCCACGGCUAGCAGCAGUGUGGUUCGGCGCCGACCAAGUCUCCUCCGCCUGCAGCAUUGGUGUUUUUGGCAACCAGCUGGGCGUGGCGCUGGGCUUCCUGCUGCCGCCGAUGCUGGUGCACGCGCAGGGCACCAUGGACGAGAUUGCUGCAGACUUCCGCCUCAUGUUCUACCUAGUCGCCGGCUUCACCAGCGUACUCUUCGUCUUCAUACUGCUCUUCUUCAAAGCCGCCCCAGCGAGCCCCCCGUCAGCCGCUGCCGACCUUGGCUCCAGUCUGGAUUCGAACUUCCUGCAGUCCAUCAAGAAGCUUCUCACCAACCGCAACUACAUACUCCUUCUAAUCUCAUACGGCCUGAACGUCGGUGUAUUCUACGCCAUAUCCACUCUGCUCAACCAAGUCGUCCUCACUUAUUAUCCGGGCGCGAACGAAGACGCCGGCCGCAUAGGGCUGGUGAUCGUCGUGGCGGGUAUGGCGGGCUCGGUGCUGUGCGGCCUUGUGCUGGACCGCACACACCGCUUCAAGGAGACAACCCUGGCCGUGUACGCCGCCUCCGUGGUGGGCAUGUUGAUCUUCACCUUCACCCUCGACUGCGGCGUCAUCGGCGUGGUGUACUUGAGCAGCAUCAUCCUCGGCUUCUUCAUGACCGGCUACCUACCCGUGGGAUUCGAAUUCGCCUCCGAAGUGACCUACCCCGAACCCGAGGGGACCACCUCUGGCAUCCUGAACGCUGUUGUGCAAGUGUUCGGCAUAGUGCUGACUCUGGCAUACGAGCGCAUGCUCGAGUCGGUGGGCGACCGCUGGUCGAACCUGGGCCUUUGCGCGCUGCUCGCCCUGGGCACCGCCAUCACGGCCGCCAUACGCUCGGACCUCCGCCGCCAGGCGGCCCAGAACAAGGGA